CCUGCCCCUGCUUCAGUGCCUCCCUGCCCGCGUCGCGCACCACAUCCUCGAUAUCGUUGUUGCGAAGAAUACCUGUAACAGGAUACCUACAGGUACCUGUUGAAUCGAGCCAAUUGCUCAGAACCAUGGCCAUCCAUCCUGAGCUCGCGAGCGCCUCCUCGCCACCUUCCGAUCCCAUCGAACGCGUAGAAGCAUGGACUGUUUCUCUGUCCCAGGCUACAGAUGCUCUCGCUGCAACAUCGAUUUCGAGCCCACCAUCCCAUGCACCACGCGUCACCAUUGAGAUUCCGCUCGACGAGCAAGCCCUUCGCGAAGACCAUCCCAAACCGAGACGCGAGGCUGUUCACACUGUCUACAAGAAGCGCGAACCAAUCAGGCGUGAUAGCGUCAAGCGGCGUGAAGCGCUUCUGAAGGGGAAAGAGGGCAGUAGAAGGAGACACCGAUGGGAGAAUGAUAGGUUACUGAAUAAUCCCCACGCGGAGCCACCACUGCCCAGUGAUUGGCAGCCCACUCCCACGCACACCGUGCAGAAAGUACCGUACUUCUUGGCCCCGCUGUGGGAUGCUGAAUACAGUCGAAAGACACAAGAGCGCCAGCAACGAGCUGCAGCAGCAAAGGCGCCUGCGAGUAGAGAGGAAGCUGUGGCGGCGCAGGUCACGUCGGAACUGCGGGCGAAGCUCAAGAAAUCGCGCGGCGCGAAGAACCUGCUUCAGGGACUCGAAGAAGAAGUCCGCAUGUUCGUCUGUCAGUGGGAACAGAAACAGCGCGAGCUGGAGAGUGAAGGUCUCAUUGAGCCUGACAGUUCGGACGACGAGAUUGUCUUCGUGGGCCGCAACGGUGCCAUGUCCGACGACCAGCGCAAGGAGAAGGAGGCGAGGCAUCUUCGCAAGGACAAGCUGGUUUUCCAAAGUCUCGUUGACGAGAAUGGAGCCGCUUUCGGUCGUUACUUGGUCCACUCCAUUGCGCAAUAUUAUGGUCUCUCUACUUGGUCUGUUACCACGGGGAGUCCAGCACGACGUGAGGCAUAUGUGGGGCUAAAGGUCGAUCCUAUAACCCGUCGACCGAGCUUAACGCAUAGUGUGCUCCCGCGGCCAUUGUGGACCAAGGUGUAGCACGGUAGACAUGAAAUCUUGUUGUUUUUUCCUCCCAGAAGGGCUUCUACCAGAUCAUUU